CGCCACAGCGAUAAACAGCUGUUCUGCUAGAUAGCGUAAAACAAUAAUCGUCCGGUCACAACAAAUUCAUUUUAACAAGAAAGAAAACAUUAGCUUAAACGAAAAGCAAUUACGCUCGAGUAACGUAACGCAUCGAUUUUGGAAAUUAAUUAGAAUAGCCUUGCCACUAUGAAUGUGUCUGUAUACGCAUUGUGACGACAGCAACAGCAGCGAGGCGCAAUAUAUUAAUUUAGAGCAAGCCAGAGCCCAUUCGGAUCCCACGAUGUCCACUGAGGAGUGCCUGUGGCGCGAGCACGUUGUCCAAAGAUUGCGCGAACGUGACCGCAAGGAGUGUGAGAACUUCAAGGAGAUUAUUGUGCAAAACAACCGCCUCAUAGAUCAUGUUGCGCAAUUAAAGUCAGACAAUCUGAAAUUGUCCGUGGAGAACGAGCAACUGCGCAAUGCCGUGUCAACAGGUGGCACCGGUCCCAAUGUGGCCAUUGCCACGCUGGAAAAGAAGCUGCUGGCGCAACAGGAGGAGCUGACGGACCUGCACAAAAGAAAGGGCGAGCACUCCCAAAUGAUUGUCGAUCUAAAUCUCAAAGUGGAGCAGCAAAAGGAGCUACUUUCCGAAAAGGAGCACAGUCUUUACGAACAACAAACUGCCAACAAUCGCUUAAGGGCUGAGGUGCAGCUGCUACACUCCAGCCUGGAGGAGCUCAAGAAGCUGAACACAACCUUGCUGGAUGAGCACACGGCACUGCAGUUGGCCUUCAGUUCCCUGGAGGAGAAAAUGCGCAAUGUGCAGGAUGAGAAUCGCUACUUGCUGGAACGUUUGAUGCGCUAUCGGGCAAAAGACGCCGAUAAACUGAAUGAAGAAAACGAAAGUUUAAUAAGAAAAAGACUGCCGUCACUUUUCAGAAAACGUUCGGCUAAACUGAAACGUGAUUUGGAGGACGCCGUGCGCGAACCCAAUUCGGCGGUAAAUCCGAUUGUUCCUGCACCGGGCGGCACGCCACUGCAUCGCAACUCGAGUCCAGCCCAAUUCGGUGGCCCCGCUGGGAGCGACGACGAAAUUGAUGACGGCUCAAUCAACGGCGCCAUGGAAGCUUUGGGUCUGAACGACGAGGAAUAUAUCAGUGCUAGAUUUAUGGGCGGCGAGGCUGUCCAUGAUGUUGUGCGUCCCAAUACAAAUACCUCCAUCGAGACUCUCAAAGCUGCUGGCUACCUGGGCCAGCCAAAUCCGACGAAGAUCUUCAUGAAAUUCGAGGCGCAUGAGAACGAAUCGCAUGCAGUACGCUGGAGUCCGGUGGAGCGUAUGGUAGCCACGGGCGGUGCCGAUAGGAAAGUCAAACUCUGGGAUGUUGGCAAAGGUUCGACGGAGCCGCGUGCUGUGCUGAGCGGAAGCAGCGCUGGCAUCAACUCUGUGGACUUUGACUCAACGGGAGCCUACAUACUGGGCACAUCUAAUGACUAUGGCGCCCGAGUGUGGACAGUAAUGGAUAAUCGGCUGCGGCACACACUAACGGGUCACAGUGGCAAGGUGAUGGCCGCCAAAUAUGUCCAAGAGCCAAUUAAAGUGGUGACCGGAAGUCACGACCGCACUUUGAAGAUCUGGGACCUACGCAGCAUCGCAUGCAUUGAGACGAAGUUUGCCGGCUCCAGUUGCAACGAUCUGUGCACAACGGACAGCCUCGGCUCGACGAUUAUCAGUGGCCAUUAUGAUAAGAAGAUACGCUUCUGGGAUAUACGAACGGAGAAGCAAGCGGACGAUGUGCUAAUGCCUGCCAAAAUUACCUCGUUGGAUCUGUCGAAGGAUUGCAAUUACCUGAUAUGUUCGGUGAGGGAUGAUACAAUAAAACUAUUAGACUUACGCAAGAAUCAAGUUAUAUCCACGUUUUCAAAUGAGCACUUCAAGAUCAGUUGUGAUUUUGCUCGCGCCUCGUUCAACUCGGGCGCUUCGAAGAUCGCCUGUGGAUCGGCAGAUGGUGCAAUAUAUAUAUGGAAUGUGAAUGGCUUUCUCGAGACGACGCUCAAGGGGCACAGUUCUGGUUCCGUUCCGUUCUUUCACAGCACGGCCGUCAAUGCAGUGAGCUGGAGUCCCAACAGCAAUUCGCUCGCAUCCGUGGGGAAGAGCAAAAGAUGCAUCAUCUAUUCGGACUCGUAGCCCAAAGUCGGGCUGACGUAAUAAUUAUCAUAUAAGUAUAUAUGCUUGUCCCAGCGAUCGCAGCUACGUUAAACAGGCGCACAGUUUCGGAUGUCUCUUAUGGAAUCACCGAGUCAGCAAGUCAGCCGUGUGUCCUCCUUAUAAUAUGUAUUUGGAUGUUAUAUAUUAUGUAGUAUAUACAAUAUAUAUGUAUACUGAAUCGGUUUACUGAGCCGAUUUCCGUUUCAAUGUAA